AUGACACCGUUAAAUAAUAACAAAUUGUUGACAAUAUUACUCAUUGCUACUGCAAAAUAUGGGGCGGCGAUAUUUUGCUAUGAUUGCAACAGCGCGUUCGACCCACGCUGCGGGGAAGAGUUUGACCCUUUCAGCUUAGGGGUUGUUAAUUGCUCCCUGAAGGACCCACUAGAACACAUUCCAGCUGUGGAAUCUACAUUCUGCCGUUCCAUAAGGAUGGAGAUCUACGGGAAGAUCCGCGUUGUCCGCCAAUGCGGAUACCUGACCGAGGAGAACGAGAAGAUCGGAGAUCCGCCCUGCAAGCGCCAAACUGGCACUGGUGACCUGUUCGUCACCUACUGUAACUGCGACACGGACCUCUGUAACGGGGCCUCUACCCGUGACACCAUUAUCUAUGCUAUUGUUUUAUCAGCGUUAAGUUUGUUGAUAAUUUGU